GCUUCAGAUGCAUCUCAAAAUACAUAAAGCCUCCAUGUUGCACAGGGCAUGUAAGACCCGUAGCUAUGAACAUUUCGCCUGAAAAGUGUUUACCUUGACGUCGUCCAACUUGCGUUUGCUCCGCGUUGCUGGUUUGUACUGCGAUUUUGGACAAGAACCAUUGUCGGACGGGCUUCCUAGUCUUUUCCAACGUUAUUCCCAGGCACGGCGUCACAUUUUGGUGGAUUGCAGCUUUAUAUAGCAUAGCUAACUUGCUAACCAAGCUGCUGGCUGGCUAGAGCUAACUUGAGCUAGUUAGCGAUUCCGCGUUAGGUGCUUUUUUUUAAACACCACACACGCUGUCCUUGUUGCCAAAAUAAUAUUUUUGCACAUCUUGACAAACGGUGGAAUUUAAUGUAAAGCCCUAAAUGACAGCCCCUAACUGGCUACCACACUCCAUCGUGCUAGCUGGCUGGCUCCCACCGCUGCCACAACACCUCGCCUCGGACGUUAGCCUGGCUUUGUGGGCGAGCUGGUCAGCCUCGUCUUAGACGGCUAACGUUAACGUUAGCUCGCCAACGAAGCAAGCUCGCUGGAAGGAAAAAAAAAAACAUUCGGGGAACAGAAAAAGGAAUAACUAUCCGUCUAAAUGGACCACAUGUCCAUAAUAACCCAAGUUUCCAAUCCUAAGGAGGAGGAAAUAAUAUCGUUUAACCAGGAAAAAGCGUCACAGUCGAACAGCAGCCUAAAGAAGCAGAGGAGCCGGAGCAUCUUUAGCACAUUCUUCUGCUGCUUCCGCAACUACAAUGUUGAGCCACCGGCCACCAACACCAACACCAGCUCCCUGCCUCCACCUGUGGAGGAGAACGGAACGCCUCCCAAGUGUGACCAGGUCGAGGUCAUCCCUGUCCCUAGUCCUCCAGCCAAAUACCUCCUACCAGAGAUGAACAUAUCUGACUAUGGCAAGAAAUGUGUCGUGAUUGACUUGGAUGAAACCCUCGUCCACAGCUCAUUCAAGCCCAUCAGCAACGCUGAUUUCAUAGUUCCGGUGGAGAUCGACGGUACUGUUCACCAGGUGUAUGUGCUAAAAAGACCACAUGUGGAUGAGUUUCUUCAAAAGAUGGGCGAAUUAUUCGAAUGUGUGCUCUUCACAGCUAGUCUUGCCAAGUACGCGGACCCUGUGGCAGACCUGUUGGACCAGUGGGGGGUGUUUCGUGCCCGGCUCUUCCGGGAAUCCUGCGUUUUUCACCGAGGGAACUAUGUGAAAGACCUCAGCCGGCUGGGUCGAGAGCUCAACAAUGUCAUCAUCGUUGACAACUCGCCUGCCUCUUACAUUUUCCACCCAGAAAAUGCUGUCCCAGUCCAGUCCUGGUUUGACGACAUGAAUGACACGGAGCUCCUGGACCUGCUGCCUUUCUUUGAGGGACUAAGCAAAGAGGAGGAGGUCUACGGAGUCCUGCAGAAUCUGAGAGGCAGGUAGCAGGACACGCCGCAGCGCUGCCUGUGCUCUCCCUCCUCCCUGUUGAUCUCUGCCCCUUAGUACACCACAUCUCUCAGACUCAGGCAGAACCUCCCACACGCGCCCCUCUUGCCUCUGCCCCAAGGGGGCGCCCUGGAGUCUCACUGUGGAAACCUUCAAGCAGCCCCCUCUCUGCUCUGCUCUCCUGGUGACUGGCUGCCUUCUGAGUGCCAUCAGAAAAACACUCCAUAUCCCAGGAGCACUGUGUUUCACAUAAACCAUGACGAACAGAAAUGGUGUACAGAGCGUCGUAUGCGUUGCUGAUAUUGAAGACAAAAUGCAAAGAGGAACGAACUCUGGUCUUUAUUUUCAAACCAACAGACAAAAUUUUACUAUUCGGUGAAGUGCUUAUUUUAAAACCAAAAAAAAAAAGAAAAAAGAAACGAACUUUUGUCUAAAAUUUCUUUUGUGGUACAAACACAAAAGUCUGAAAAGAUUUUGUCCUUGUAUUGUUGCUAUGCAGGCAGUUUCUGGUAGUAGAAAGGACUGUGAUUCUCCUUUCUUUUCAUACUGAAUGAAGUGCCUUGUGUGAAUGUUGUUUUUACGGGGAGAUAUUUUGUACAUGGCAUAUUUCCAGAGUACUUCAGUCUUUUCAAUCACACUAUAUGCUUUAACGUCGACACAGAGGUAUCUUUAUAUAAAGGCUCAGUUUUAUUUUAGCUGGUGGUUUUUUUAAUCAUCAAACGCUGGGUUAAAUGUCUCCAUUGUAUUAUUUUUUUUCCAAUUUGCUUGUGCCAUUAUAUAGAUGUGACUUUGUUUCUUUUUUGCUGUCAUUCAUUAUUAUACAUAGAAAUAGUUUCUAAUUUGUUUUUAAGCAACGGAAUAUGUUUGCAAUUGUGAACAUUAAUAACGCCCCAUCUGCAGGUAGUUCUUCGUAUCUGUGAUACAAUUUUGAUCUACAACAGAGAUAAAAUUGUGCCAUUUAUUCUCUUUCCCUCUCACCUUCUUUUCAGUUUAUUAUUUGCCAAACACGAUACUUAAUUUUUAGAAGAUUUAUUGAACAUGAGCUCGGCUAAAACUGUUAAUCUAUUAGCAGUAAAUAUAUUAAGUUUUAUUCUUUUUGGCAACUAGAUGUCAAAUUCAGUUGUAUGUUUUUAAUGGUAUCGGGCUCUACUUUCUUUGUGAUCCUUAAGAUUGUUUUAGAUUGAUGCUUUUAAGCCAGCAUUUAAAGAAUUUACUUGUGGCACACUGAACUAAGUGUUGCAGCUCCGCCCACAGGGAGGAAUCUUCCUCUGGAGCUCGCUGUUGAUCGUACACAGUUGCAAAGAUAUCCCUUUCGUUUUUUCAGACGGUCUGGAAUCUUACCAUAAAUGGGUAGUGCCAUGUUUUUUAUUACUCUAUUUUUUUUCAUGAGGUUAGUCUCUUUAGGGAAUAUAGGAUAGUAACAGAAUGAGUCUGGACAGUGUUGAAACCACACUGUUACGCUCCUGAUUUACACACGGCGGUGACCUGGCCCAGUCCAGCCUAGAAUAAUACCAGUGGACACGGCAUGUGUGGUGUUUACCUUCCCAGACUCUUCUAACUGCUCUUCACCUCAGUGCCUAAGUUGAGAGGAGCCACGCAAACCGAGUGCUGCAACAUUAGCUACCAUGGCAAUAACCUUUUCUGUGGGAGAAUCCAUCACGGGUGUUUGGUUUAGGAGUCCUGAGCACUUCACACGGCUAGCCGUAAAGGCUUUGGCUGGAAUUAGGGCUGGCCCGGUUAUCACUGUCCACGCUUUGAAACGUUGUCUAUGAAUGAGCCUGGCAGAAAUUGAAUAUACUUAUAAAAUACUGUCCAAUCAAAUUAUUUCAAUAUUCAAAAAUGAGAUAUUUUCUUGAAGACUAAAAUAAAACACUGCAGCGCGAUGUGAACUUUGCUUAAGCUGAGCGUAUUGUUUGCGACUAUUAUCAGCAGCCAAACAGCAUUAAUUUCUUUAGGGAAAAAUAUAACAAUAUUGCCAUAAUAAUAGACUUUUGUUGAAGAAUAAAUGAAAAACGAGGCUUUCCAAACACCAGAUGGGUAUUCAAACCUCACCCUGUGCAAGCAUUCUCCAGAUAUUUGGGGCCAGCCCUGCAUGACACACUACAAGGGCACUGCAAAAGGACUGUGAAGAACCUCAUCAUGGCAUUGAUGCCUUACUGCCUGCGAAGGCAUAAAGCAAUGUUUUAUUCAUUAAUUCCAAGGUUACAACUCUAUGUUAUAGCAUUGUCUCAUUUAGUUCUUUCUCAAACUCUUAUGAAGUGUAAAAACAAGACUGGACCUGAUUUGUAGAAGCACAUACGGUCAUAUGGCAUUGUGAAACACGAGGAUGAAGCAUGAUAGGCUCCUAUGGGUCCAUCUUGGAUUAUAUGCCCAGAAAACCUCUUUGCUUUAUUAGUUUUAUUUUUCAGUCAUGAUGCUAUAUUGAAGAGACCUAUAUUGCUUCAUAAGAGUACUUCCAAGGUUGUUGUUUUUUUUUUUCUCUCUCUCAGUCAUAAGUUUGCCGCUCCUACAGGCAUAUUGAAACUUAUUUUUUUGUCUUUUGCAUAAGCAUUUGAACAUGUUUGUGUUGGUGGUGAGUGUUAUGCUCAUGAUGAUGGUUUCGGUGCAAUGUCCUUUUAAUAGGAAGUGUUAGGCCUACUCUUAUCGACCUCUCUCUGACAACCUUUCUCUGAAAAUGUUCUUAUCAUUGUGAUAUUUUUCUAGUUACCUUUUGUCAGUAUUUGGUUUUGAAAAAGUUGCAUAUUACCCAUUGUAUCCAGCUGGUGUUAUUUUUUUUUCUUUUUUUUUUUUGUUUCUUUCAGCUCAGUAACGUCCCUCUCUCUUGCCUUUGGUAAGAACUCAGUCAGGUCUCGUCUUUCCUAUUGGGGGACGUGUGUGAAUGUGUGUGUGAGUGUGUGUGCAUGUGUUUGCAGCCUACUGUCUGCGCUUUCUCACAGGAUUGCUUGGUGUAUCAUUUGUCACUCAAUCACAUUCACCGUUUUGUAUUGAUUUAACACCAAAGUUCAACAACACUUAUGUUUGCGUCACCGUAUGUGUGUGUGUGUGUGUGUGUUGGAGUUACUUUGUCAGGUUCCUCACUUUUUUUUUUUUUUUUUUUGGUUCUUGGUGUCUAAUUUUGAUUGUAGGCUACAUGUUUGCAUCCUGAGCGUCUGUUUUCUUUCUCUCAUACCAUAAUAAAAGGUUUCACUGAAACUGUUCUUUCGUCA